AUGGAGAGCAGACUUGAUGAGUUGGCAUCAAUGACAGUUCCAAAUCCAAAGGGAACCGGCAAUGUUAGUGCCAUCUCUCUGCGGUCUGGCAAGCAACUGGAGGAACCAAACCAAUCUGCUGUUGAGUCAUCUCAAGGAGGUGACACUGGUUCAAGGAAGCAGAAUACUGAUACUUCUGAUGUCCACAUCCUGUUACCUUUUCCUCAAAGAGCCACUCAGUCUAAAAAGCAAGCAGCAAAAGCUCAAGAUAAAGAAAUUCUUGACACCUUCAGAAAAGUAGAGGUCAAUAUCCCACUCUUGGAUGCGAUUCAGCAAAUUCCAAGAUUUGCUAUGUUUCUGAAGGAGUUGUGCACCAACAAGAGGAGGCUGAAAGGAGAUGAACGAGUCAGCUCUCUUGGUCUUGGUCCCUUGCGUGCUACUGGUAUUGUUGUUCAGUUAGCCAACAAUAGUGUUCAUCCUUCUGGUGUAGUUGAAGAUAUAUUAGUUAGGGUGAACAAUCUGAUUUUUCCUGCUGAUUUCUAUGUCUUAGGGAUGGAGGGUGAGAUUCCUAGUAGUACAAUUAUACUUGGUAGACCUUUCAUGAAAACUGCUAGGACUAAGAUAGAUGUGCAUGCUGAAUUAUCAUCAUUCCUUGAUUCUGAUUUGUCAUGUGGUUGUACCGAUAGUAGUAAUUGUACUAUUUGUGCUGAGAUAGCGGUGUGCUGUUCUGAUGUUAAUCAUGCAUUGAAUGAUGAUUUGCACAGUGACAUAGAUGUUAAUGUGUUUUCUGUAGAACCUGCACCCGCUAGACUUCUCCCAUCCACUGAGCAGCCACCUAAGUUGGAACUAAAGGUUCUGCCUGACCAUCUGAAGUAUUCAUAUCUGGAGGAAAAUGAACAAUUACAUGUGAUAGUGGCCAAGAACCUUAUACCUGAGCAGGAGGAAAAGCUUUUGACAUUGCUGAAAGAAAGGUUUGAUAGAAAUUUCUGUUUAGGCUUUGUUCUUGAUUCUUGGAUUGCAUUACUUGUUAUUUGA